AUGACUUCCCCGCCUCCCAAGGUCGAAACACAAGAACCACAACCCCAAGAAAUCCCUCCCUUCCCCUACAAUCCCGCCAUCACUCUGGGCGGACGACCGGCCGCCUCCACACCCGCCAUCACUACCAGCAUCAACGCUCCAUUGCAAUCCACCGCCAAUCUCCAUGUCGCCUCCCAUCCCAAUCCCACCACCGCCCCCAAUGCAGAGUUAGAUGCCAAUGCGAGUAUUGAGAUAGCGGAUUCCACCACCGCCGACAACACGAAUGACAUUGCCUACCGCAGCUCCUCUGCCCGUCGCAGACAUGGCCCGGAUUCGAGUCUGCGAGAUCUCCAGGCGCUCCAGGAAGUGCGAAGCAUUCCCUGGAUCCCAGGACGCGAAUUACCACCUGAUAAAUCGACCGAGAGUCCGCGCGCGCAGACGAGAGGCGCAUUCAUGUUGUCGACGCGGGGGAAGAUAAGGGAUCCGCCUUGUAACCAUUGUACCAGUGGGUCGGGCAGGUUCUCGGUGUGUGUCUCCUUGGACAGUUGGUUCUUUGGCGCGUGUGCGACUUGUCAGAUGGCGACGAGGGGGCAUUUGUGUAGUUUGAGGACGGCUGCGAAUGGUUUGUUUGUCUUGGAUAUAUCUUCGUUGGACCAAUUGGGAGAGUGGUGCUAAUUCUGGUUGGUACAGGUAGUCCAGUUCCUCGAGCUCCGAGACAACAAGUCUUCAAAGUCUUGGAUCCUACUCCUACUCCUCCUCCCCAAGACCGACCUAUAUCUACACAACAAUAUCAAGCACCCCCAAACACCAAUAGCUUAAAGCGUAAAGCAGACGAGCCAAUGAUGCCCGGAAUGCGAGUGCUUCAACCACGGGGAGACAACUACCCACUCAUUGCGCCGGCUCCUCAAAAUGCCACUCAAUCACAUAUACAACCACAACCACAGCAAAAUUCCGGAUAUACACCCACAAAUAGUCGCCCUAAUACUUCAUCGCCUGGCUACUUUUCAGAAAGACCUGUGAAUAAUAAUAUCACGAAUACCGCGAGUACGAAUACAUAUCAAUCACAACCUCAACCGCAGGCUCAGGCUCAGGCUCAGGCUCAGGCGUCCAAUGGCAUAGCAAUGUCUUCUUGGAACAACAUAAACGCCAGCAAUAUAAGUACGAGCACAAGCCGACAAGAUUCAACACCUUACCCACAAAAAAUGUCAAAACCAAGUCUAGACCUCAAGAACCCCACCAAUCUAAAUGGCAACCCAUCAAAUCCAAAUCAUCCAUACACACACUCCCCUACACUAACAAACAACCCUCCCCAUCCUCACCCAAAUCACCCUUCCCAAAAUAUUUCCUAUCCCCCACAAAACUCAAAUCCUCCUCAUCUUCAAAAUCCCAAUACCCAAUCUCAACCCCAACCUCAACCUCAACCCCAACCUCAACCUCAACCCCAACCUCAACCUUCACAACCCCAGUCCUCGCGAUCACGCACCUUAACCUCACCCGAAACAUCUCUCAUCGACUCCAUCCCCCGCAAGAAGCAGAAGCAGAUCUUUGGAAUCAUCGGGGGCUUGCAGAGCGGGAUUAGAAGUGUCCGUCAGCAGGCGGAGAAUCUGCAGAGGCAAUUAGAUAUUUUGCAGAGUGCUUUAGGGAUUGAUAGCGAGGAUGAGACGGAGGAGGGAGCGAGUUGA